AUGAAGUUGAGAACAUCCUUUCACAUCUUUGCCGUGUCCUCGUUACUAGUCCUGUCCGAAGCCUGGCCACUCUUCCCUGCGAUCGAGCGAAGAGCACCUGUCUCCUACUCAGUUGUCCCAGUGGGCGGAGGAAGCACAACCGACGAUGGCUCCUCGACUGUUACUCGUACAGCGACACAACUAUCCACCAUUGUCAUCACAGAGUCGGAAAAAGCCACAACGUUAGUUGUGACAGUCACUUCUCCUUCGCCUAUUACCGUGACCGACUACUCGCCAACCUCGACACCAGCACAUCCUGCCUCUUCGACACAGCAAUAUUUUUCCGACUCCUCUCCCUCGUCAUACUCCAUUGCACAAGUGACUGCAUCGGAAACAAUUUCACCAGUAACUGUGACUGUCACACAAUCUCUCCCUUCGACCAGGCCGUAUGACGACGGCAUGUGGCACACAUAUUAUUACUACACAGUCACGCCUGAAAGCUCUUCGAGCUGGGCAGCAGAGAGCACUGCCGCCACUUCAGAGUCCCCUUCCCAACCAAGCUGGACACUUGGCUUGCCAACAAUGUGGUCAUCAAUAUCGACACCGGCGGCCAGUACCACGCCUGUCAACCCCUUCCGGGGUGUGCCGCCCUCCAUCCCUACACCUCCAUGA